GCGGUGGUGAAGAAGUCUGUGCUGAUAAGCUGGACAGUACAAGUGGUCGACAGGACUUAUUUUUACAGACUUUAAAUAAGAAAAAACAUAUUUAAGAAACAACAUGGCGCUCACCGACGCUGAUGUACAGAAACAGAUCAAGCACAUGAUGGCCUUCAUUGAGCAAGAGGCCAAUGAGAAAGUAGAGGAAAUUGAUGCAAAGGCGGAGGAAGAGUUCAACAUUGAGAAAGGUCGCCUGGUGCAGACUCAGAGGGUAAAAAUCAUGGAAUAUUACGAGAAGAAGGAAAAACAGAUUGAACAGCAUAAGAAAAUACAGAUGUCCAAUCUGAUGAACCAAUCGAGGCUGAAGGUGUUGAAAGCCCGUGAUGACAUGAUCGCGGAUUUGUUGAAUGAGGCCCGGCAAAGACUUGCGGCGAUUGUCCAGGACCCUGCUGUGUACUCCACACUAAUGGAGGGCCUGUUGCUUCAGGGCUUUUACCGACUCCUGGAACCGAAAGUCACCAUUCGCUGUCGGCAUCAGGAUGUAGAAAUGGUUCAGGCUGCAGUUAACAAGAACAUCUCUAUUUAUAAAGAAGCAGUGAAAAGCAACAUAGUCGUCAAAAUCGACAUGGAGCGUUUCCUCCCAUCAGACAUCUGCGGAGGAGUUGAGAUGUAUAAUGAUAACGGGAAGAUCAAGGUUUCCAACACUUUGGAGAGCAGGCUAGAGCUUAUGGCACAACAGAUGAUGCCUGAAAUCAGAGUGGCCUUAUUUGGUGUCAACCCCAACCGCAAGUUCACGGAUUAACGAUGGAUUUGAAGAGAGCAGCGUGGGCACAGGUGGAAUAUAUAAGGUGACCACAGACUGUUGGAGGGAUACACGGUGGUGUCACCGUAAUAAACAAGAGUCUGUACAAUCACUCACCAGUCGUCAAGGUCAAAGAAAACCUUGACUUACUUAAUGGGAUGCUACAGAUAUGUUCAUUUACAGUAUUUUGAUUUUUAUACUAAUGGACUGAGAAUUAAUCCAACAAGUGCACUUUUACCUACAGUAUGUUUAAGUGCCACCUUCUUUACCUUUUACAGGGAUUACCAAAGGACUGCUUUAAAUUGCGAAUCUAUUACAUUUGCCAAAUAUAUAGCUUUUUUUGUAAAAUAAUUUAACAGUUUUUAUGUGUGUGUUUGUGUGGGUGUGUGGAUGAGCAGACA